AUGGCAGCUGUCACCCCACGGAAAAGGAACCGUAGCUCUGCUGAUGACUUGUCCCUCGCCUUUGAGACUCCGGUGAAAAAACUGGUGAUGGGCUUUGCCCAAGGUCCGUCUCCCCCCAAGAAAUCGAGAAAUAAUUGGAUUCCUUCGCAAAUAAAACGGUCUUCGAACCUGAAAGCAAACGAGGCUGCCCCGAUGAAGCCGGCGCCGUCGAGGAGGUUGGAUAUCUCACCCCUCCAGGCAGCCAGAGCUCCCACAGCCGCGCAGACCGACCCCUUGGGGAAAUUAUCCCCCAAACCUGCUUCUUCCUACAAACCCUGUGUGCCCGUGGGGUCUUUUUACGGGAAGGAAAAGCGAUACCUCACUCUUAUGGAGAGGAAAGAGCUGAGGGAGAAUCACGCUUCGGGUGAGAGGAAUGGAGGUGAAAACCUCCCGGCUGCCAGCAGGACCGAGAAGAGAAACGGGAGCUCGAGCAGGAAAACGAGCUCGAAGGCCACCAAGCCCGCAGAGAACCCCAAGCCUGGCAAAACUGCCCCCAAAACACUGAAGAAGGCGAAGGGAGAGAUCCCAGCGGCGAAACCCAGCGUGGGGAAAGAGAACGUGAAUUGUCUCAUUCAAAAGAAGAUGGAUUCGCCCUUCAGAGUCUUAAGCAUGACGGUGAAACCAGCCCUGAAACUCCAGCUGGGAGCGGCGUUCUUCUGCGCCAGGAAGAAGUCGCACUCGAAAAAACCGGCUGGAGACACGAGCUCUCUCCCCAAAUCCCUGCAAGAAAACGAUGAGCCUGGCCCGUCGGCCGCUGCCAAGCCCGAUUCGACGGACGGAAACAAAAUUCUUGACGCUAGCCUUGUGCUGAGCGGGAUUGCUGGGCCUCAGAAGAAGGAAAAUGAAACCGAGGAGGGUGACACCAGCUCGCCUCCUUCAAGUGCUGGUGUCUACCCCAUAUUCAGUGCACCCCCUGCCAGCAAGAAAAGGACACAAGCUACCCUGGAUGAGCUGACUUCUCCUUUUGGCUCCAGCCCGCCCGCAAAACCACCUCACGCCUUGCAGAAAAGCAAGAAGGCCAAAGAGCUCUGCAAGCGCUCCCGAGAUCAGAUGAUCAUUGACGCCGGGCAGAAGCAUUUCGGCGCCGUGGUUUGCAAGUCGUGCGGCAUGAUCUACAUGGCCGCCAGCCCGGAGGACGAAGCCCAGCACCUCCAGCACCACGAGAGGUUCCUCGAGACGCUCCAAUACGUGGGCUGGAAGAAAGAACGUGUCGUGGCCGAGUUCUGGGAUGGGAAAAUUGUAUUGAUCCUUCCAGACGACCCCAAAUACGCCGUCAAGAAGGCAGAAGACGUGCGAGAAAUCGUAGAUAAUGAGUUGGGAUUUAACCAAGUUUCUUUGAGGUGCCCGGCCAAGACUAAAAUCUACUUGUUCGUGUCCAACGAGAAGAUCAUCGUUGGGUGCUUGGUGGCUGAAUCAAUCAAGCAGGCUUUCCGGGUGCUGUCGGAGCCGGGAGCCGCGCCGUCGCCUGGCCAGGACGUCCUGCAGCCCCAGCGGGCUUGGUGCUGCUCCACGGAGCCCGAACCUGCUGUCUGUGGCGUCAGCAGGAUCUGGGUGUUUGGCCCGAGCCGCAGGAAGGGAAUCGCCCGGCGCAUGGUGGACGUGGUCAGGAGCACCUUCAUGUACGGCUGCUACCUCGGCACCCACGAAAUCGCCUUCUCCGACCCGACGCCGGACGGCAAGUCCUUCGCCGCGAAAUACUGCCAGACCCCCAACUUCCUCGUGUAUAAUUUUGUUUAUAGUAACUAA